GGACCGAGCUGCUAAUGUAAUAGCGGCGUCUUUCCGAUUGAGUUUAUUUCCAGAAAUUGAAUCCAAAAUAUGAACAUAUUGUACGCUUUGCUUGGAGAAAUAACCUGCAAAGCCUACAACGCAUGCGCUUCUUGGCUUAGUACGCUCAUUCUGUAGCGACAAUGCGAGUAGCCCGAUGCAUUCUGUCGCAAGGAAGAUCGCGGGUCAACCAAGACCGCAAUUGAGGUUCGUCAACCUCUGGUCUGCGCGUCCUCGAGCCUCCCUUCUCCGGCGAUCAUAUGCUACUACGAAGCUCGAUUUGCCUGCAUUAGACCGAAAAUGGCGUCGUCCAAUCCCAAAGAGGAGCGAGGGCUCUAAACAAGUUGAGGAUUUCAAACAGGAAUCCAACGAUCGCAUGUAUAUCCUCUCCAUGUUCCCGUACCCGUCUGGCAACCUCCACCUAGGACAUCUUCGAGUAUAUACUAUUGCCGAUGUGAUAGCUCGAUUCUGCAGACUACAAGGCCAUGACGUGCUGCUACCCAUGGGCUGGGACGCCUUUGGGUUGCCUGCUGAGAAUGCGGCAAUUGAACAUGGCAUUGAUCCGGCUGUCUGGACGAGGGACAACAUCACUCGAAUGAAAGAACAACUUGAGUGUAUGAAUGGGAGCUUCGAUUGGUCGCGGGAAUUCGCAACAUGUGAUCCAGAAUUCUACAAGCACACUCAGAAGAUAUUCCUCCUUCUUUAUAAGCAUGGUCUCGUAAGCCAGAAGAAGGCUACUGUAAACUGGGAUCCUAUAGACAUGACUGUGUUAGCAAACGAACAGGUCGAUUCUGAAGGCCGCUCGUGGAGGUCGGGCGCGAAGAUUGUCCAGCGCAAGCUUGAGCAGUGGUUCUUCCACAUAACCAAGUACCAAGAAUCGCUUUUGGAAGACCUCGAGAAGCUGAGUAAAGACGAGGCUUGGCCCGAGAGAGUCUUAACCAUGCAAAAGAAUUGGCUUGGACGUACCGAAGGUGCUUACUAUGAAUUCGCCUACACUGAGAACGACGAGACGAAGAAGCACUCGCUGAAGAUAUAUACGACGAGGCCGGAAACUAUAUAUGCGGCUCAAUUUAUCGCCCUCUCGCCCAAGUCAUCCAUAGUGCAACGGUUAGCGCAAGACGAUACAGAGCUCCGGGAGUUUUUAGAACGCAUAAAGGACCUCCCCCCAGAUAGUACAGAGGGUUACCGGAUACCGCAGCUGAAGGCGAUUAGUCCGCUUGCCUUUUCGAUGCAGAUGCCGGAACAGCAUGUUCUUCAUCUUCCCAUCUUUGUCGCUCCGUAUGUCCGAGGAGAUUACAAGACCGGCGCAAUUAUGGGAGUCCCGGCUCACGAUGCGAGGGACUUUGCAUUCUGGCGAAGACACUGUCCCGAGAUACCUCUCGAAUAUGCCGUUUCACCGGAACCUGAUGGAUCUACCGGACACCUCAAGAAUGGCCCUUAUCUAGAGCCUGGAUAUUGCACCCGUCUGACUGGUUCUUAUUCCACGAUGCCCUCUAGUGACGCUGCGAGGGAAAUCAUUGACCAGAUCAAGGAUGCGUCAAACCUCGCACAGAGCAGCACGAAAUGGAGAAUACGAGACUGGUUAAUUAGCAGGCAGAGGUACUGGGGGACCCCAAUCCCAAUCAUCCACUGUUCUACCUGUGGGCCCCAACCCGUCCCAGAUGAUCAAUUACCUAUCACCCUACCUAAAGUAGAUGCCCAUUGGGAAGAUGGUAGAGCCGGAAACCCUCUAGAAACUGCGACGGACUGGGUCAACACGUCUUGUCCCAAAUGUCAUGGUCCUGCUAAGAGGGACACUGACACGAUGGAUACUUUCGUAGAUUCUAGCUGGUAUUACAUGAGAUUCCCAGAUCCUCACAACUCAGAAGCCCCUAUCUCUAAAGACCUGGCAAAAAGCUUCCUACCGGUUGAUCUCUAUGUUGGCGGAGUCGAGCACGCCAUUCUCCACCUCCUCUACGCUAGAUUCAUAUACAAGGCUGUCGUAGACCUACUUGGACUGCCGGUAGAUCCUUUGCGAGAACCGUUCAGGCGACUCAUCACACAAGGGAUGGUGCAUGGAAAGACGUACUCAGACCCCGAUAGUGGGCGCUUUUUGAAACCGGACGAAGUCGAUCUCUCAGAUCUCUCCGAGCCGAAAGUUAUGGUAUCAGGGAAAACUGCAGCGGUCUCGUUUGAAAAAAUGUCAAAGUCGAAACACAACGGUGUGGACCCGACCACUUUUAUUGCCAAAUAUGGAUCCGACGCCACAAGAGCUCACAUCCUAUUCCAGGCACCCGUUGGGGAGGUCUUGAAUUGGGACGAAGAUAAGAUUUUGGGUGUUACCCGUUGGCUGCGCCGAGUCUUCGAAUUUAUCCAGAAUAUUCCAAAACCGGGAAACACGCAAGAUGCCGUAUUUAACGGUGAGGUACAUUUCCAGAGACUUGCGGAGUCACAGAAAGUGGAUGAAAAGGAGGUUUCACAGAGAGCUGCAGAUGCGGAAGUGUGGCGCGCGACACAGAACACCAUCAUCUCCGUCACCAAUGCCAUAGAAAAGGUUUACUCGAUGAAUACUACGGUGUCAAGUCUGAUGGAGCUUACCAACCUCCUCAUCAAAAAUCAAGAGGCCUCCGACGUGAUCAAGCGCGAGGCCUCACUGUUACUCUUACGAAUGAUGGCGCCCAUCACGCCGGCCUUUGCCGAGGAGUGCUGGAGCAUCCUAAAGCCCGGUAACGGCAGCAUAUUCACCGAUUCCUGGCCCAUACCAGACAACUCGCUACAGCAUCUAGGUCCAAGUCGCAUAAAUUGUGCCGUCCAGGUCAAUGGAAAGCUGCGCUGCGUAGUAGAGAUCCCGACGAAGCCCGCGGAGAUAGCGGACGGGAGCGACGAGUUCCUUGAGUGGGUUCGGAGCGAGAUUCUUAGGUCGGAAGAGGCAAGACAGAAAUUGGUUGGCGAUAACGAUAUCACGAAGGCGAAGAAGGUGUUCCCUGUGAAGGGCGGCGCGGUCGUGAAUUAUGUGAUUCCGAAACAAAAGUAAGGUAGAGUAGAAGCUGGUUAAAAGGGGUGCUGUAUACCUAUACAGGGAUGUAGGUAGAUACGAAAAGAUACCCGGCUCAGUGCUUAAAUCCAUUUACAGACGUGUAAUACUAGAGUCUACAAAUGUCCUUUGCAGACGGCACCUGCUCUAUAAUCUACCUAAAUACGUCGAGCGAAGGGGGGGUUCGAAAAGGGGGCGUAAGAUUUAGCGUCAGCCAAUGAAUAAGCUUGCUUUCAGAAAGUGGGUCCAGUCGCAGAGCUUUCCAAGCAGAUUCAAAUCUUCAAAAUUG